CGGCCUACCAAUUACUAUGUGAGAGCGCAGACUGGGUGCGAUUUGUUCGUACGUAUACGUACGUGUAACUUUGACGUACGAAAACAAUCAGAACCUGUCCGGAUUUCAUUAACGUUCGUACGAUAAUGACGACGACGCAGCCGUCUCCGGAUUAGAAAAGAACUAUCUUGAAGGUACAGAUUAUUCAUUGCGUUCUAAUAAUGUUAGGUUAAUAAUAAGGUUAUAACAAUAAGGUUCUAAUAAUAAGGACGUCACGAAUGCGAUAUCACCGGAAGCCUGACUAUUUUACGGAAAAAAACGUAUUCAGUGUGCGCAAUCAAUUCGUACGUUUUCGUACGAAACAAAUUCGUAUACAAUUUGCGCGCGACCCUAGUGUGGUGCGGCUCUUAAACGGAUACAAUAAUAAUGAUAACAAGACGCCGCGCCGCGCCGGCUCAACGAGGAAAAAUAAUAAUUCUGGAAGGGAUGAUAAAAAUUCACCGAUCGUCAACGUUUAACCGAGCAUCCGAGAUGGUCACAUUUUGUGAUCGAUUUGUAAUCAGUGUGAUCGCUAAAACCAAACGAAUUUCAUAAUUUUAUAACAGAUUCUCAAUUUGAGGGGAAAUGGUCACCGGUUACUCACAACGAAUAUGUGGUUAAGUAUCACUUAUCUAUGAUAUUUUCUUGAAUAAAAGUUAAAUUAAAACAAUUUUAAUUUUUAAUUUUGACACCGACUACUAUAUACGUAUCAUAUCACUAAUACAUUUCAAUUCUUUAUAAAAUUAGCUCAAUAAUAAUUUUUAUUUAUUUUACACUUUUUUGUUUUCUUUUUUUAAUAAAAAUUAUUUUUACCUAUCAAUUAACACUGCAACAUUUUAUCUUAUUAAUUAUACUAACUGUAGUUCUAAUAUAAUAUUAUAAAUUGUUAAAAUAAAAAUGGAAAAUAUAAAGCAAGAAUAUGAAAGCUCUAGUUUAAGAGAUUGCUCACAAGAUUUGUUUUUAGCUGCUGAACCAAACCAAUCCAAUAGCCAAAAUCAUACUUCAGACUCAAUUGGAAAUAAAAAAAAAAAUAAAAAUAAAAAACAUAUUGAAGCAGAAGAAAGGGAGAAAAUGAGGUUUUUUUUACAUAAUAUUACCCAGGUAUUUGAUGUUAUAUUUUAAUAUUAAAUUAUCAUUGUAGAGUUCUUGUUUCAAAGUUCACUGAAAAACAAUUAAAUCGAUAUGAGAUGUUUAGAAGAUCAGUGUUUCCAAAGUCAGUAUUCAAAAAAGUUAGUAUUAUAUUUGUGUAUUAUUUGUUGUGUAAUUAGUUUAUAUUAAAAUUAUAAUAACAAUUUUGUUUUCUUUAGAUCAUACAAACAAUCACAGGAAAUUCUGUUUCUCAAAAUGUUAUCAUUGCCAUGUCUGGUAUUGCAAAAGUUUUGGUUGGUGAAAUAGUGGAAGAAGGUAAUUUGAAAUAAUUCAUAAAAUAUUAUCUAUAUAGGUAUAUAUAAUGACAAUCUCUUAACCUAAACUACUAUUAUUAUUUCACAUUAGCUCUUGACAUUAUGGAAGCCCAAGGUGAUUCAGGACCAUUACGUCCUAAGCAUUUAAGAGAAGCUAUUCGGCAACUUCGAAAAAGUGGUACACUACCAUACUCAAAAAGUAGAAAAUCACCUUUUUGCAUGUAGAUAUAAGUAUAUAAAUGUCAAAAUAUUAAACUUUUUUUUUUGCAACAAUUAUAACUUUUGUAUAAUCCACAUUUUCUAUUUCAAAUUUAUUAUUUAAUGUAAAAAUUAAUUGGUAAAUAUUAAAUUUCUCAUUUUUUAAUUAUAAUUUUAGUUUUUUAAAUUGAGUAAAUAUUUUAAAUUUAAAUUAUAAUAAAAAAUAGGUUCUAUGAAUAUAACAAUCGGGAAGUAAUUUAAAACUUAUAAUUAAAUGUAUUUUAGAAACUAUAAAUA